GGCCAAGGGAGAAGGUGGGGGUCGAGGGUGGACGUUUAGGAUCUGGGGCGUGUGCCUGGGGAGCAUAUCUGGGGACCAGCGGGCGAGUCACGUGCAUGUGAAACUCGACCUAGGGGGAGGGGAAGGGAAGAGAGCUCCCGCCCCCACCUCGGGGCGCAGCUCCGGACGCGUGUAAAUACAACUAUCAAACGCGGUAGAUCACUUCGUUCCUACUCUGCUUGGCGGAUCUGUGGCGCCCGGCGGGUUCCAAGUUCCGUGCCUUCUCCCAAGAGGGCCAAGGAGUCGAGACCACUGGGCUGUCGGGUUGCAACUUCAAGGCCCGCGGGUCCAAACACACAGGGAAGACCUCAGCGUGCGUGCAGAUCAGGGCUGGGCCCGCCCGACCCAGGACACCCCGAGUGUGGACGUGCGGCCACGGGUCUGCGCUCCAGGGGGCGUUCGCUGCUGCAGAAGGCGCUUUUGCCUGGGACUCGAGCCUCGUGGCCAGCAUGGCCCCCACGUUGAAGCAGGCGUACCGCAGGCGCUGGUGGAUGGCCUGCACCGCAGUGCUUGAGAACCUCUUCUUCUCCGCGGUGCUCCUGGGCUGGGGCUCCUUGCUCAUCAUGCUCAAGAAAGAGGGCUUCUAUUCCAGCUUGUGCCCAGCUGAGAACAUCACCAACACUACCCAGGACAAGCAACACCAGUGGCCCAGCUGUGACCAGCAGGACGAGACGCUCAAUCUGGGCUUUACCAUCGGCUCCUUCCUGCUCAGUGCCACCACCCUGCCACUGGGGAUCCUCAUGGACCGCUUUGGCCCCCGGCCCCUCCGGCUGAUUGGAAGUGCUUGCUUCGCCGCAUCCUGCACCCUCAUGGCCUUGGCCUCUCGGGAUACUGAAGUUCUGUCUCCAUUGAUAUUCCUGGCGCUGUCUCUGAAUGGGUUUGCUGGCAUCUGCCUAACGUUCACUUCACUCACUCUGCCCAACAUGUUUGGGAACCUGCGCUCCACUUUCAUGGCCCUCAUGAUUGGCUCCUAUGCCUCUUCUGCCGUCACGUUCCCGGGAAUCAAGCUGAUCUAUGAUGCUGGUGUGUCCUUUGUGGUCAUCAUGUUCACCUGGUCUGGCCUGGCCUGCCUUAUCUUUCUGAACUGUGCCCUCAACUGGCCCACAGAAGCCUUUCCUGCUCCUGAGGAAUUUGCUUACAUGAAGAAGAUCAGUCUCGUUGGGUUGUCCUUGGACCACAAGCUCACCGGUGACCGCUUCUACACUCACGUGACCACCGUGGGUCAGCGACUGAGCCAGAAGGCUCCCAGCCUGGACGAGGGGGCUGACACGUUCCUCUCAUCCCAGGAUGCCCGUGACACCUCAGAAGACCUUCCUGAGAGGGCACCCCCUGCUGUCUCCCCAGAGUCUGUCCCCUUCCGCCAGAGCCUCUGCUCCCCCAUUUUCCUGUGGAGCCUCCUCACCAUGGGGAUAACCCAGCUCCGAGUCAUCUUCUACAUGGCCGCCAUGAACAAGAUGCUGGAGUACCUCAUGACUGGCGGCCAGGAGCAUGAGACGGAUGAGCUGAGACAGAAGGUGCAAGAGACAGUUGGGUUCUACUCCUCCAUCUUUGGGGCCAUGCAGCUGCUGUGCCUUCUCACCUGCCCUCUCAUUGGCUACAUCAUGGACUGGCGGAUCAAGGACUGCGUGGACGCCCCGACUGAGGGCACUGCCCUCGGAGACGUCAGGGAUGGGGUCGCCACCAAGUCCACCCGACCACGCUACCGCAAGAUCCAGAAGCUCACUAAUGCCAUCAACGCCUUCACCCUGACCAACUUGCUGCUUGUGGGGUUUGGCAUCACCUGCCUUAUCAGCAACUUACACCUCCAGUUUGUCACCUUUGUCCUGCACACCAUGGUUCGAGGCUUCUUCCACUCGGCCUGUGGAGGCCUGUAUGCUGCCGUGUUCCCACCCAACCACUUUGGGACGCUGACGGGCCUGCAGUCCCUCAUCAGCGCGGUGUUUGCCCUCCUCCAGCAGCUACUCUUCAAGGCCAUGGUGGGGCCCCUGCGAGGAGAUCCCUUCUGGGUGAACCUGGGUCUCCUAUUAUUCUCGCUUCUGGGAUUCCUGCUACCCUGUUACCUCUUCUACUACUCUGCCCGGCUCCAGAGGGAGUAUGUCACCAAUGAGCCAGGCCCACAGAAGAUGCUCAGCAUCUCCAAGGGAGCCGCAUAGACUUCUGAGGCCAAGGGACCCGGAUGACGGACAACCAAGGCUUGAGUAACCACAGGGAACACCCAGAUGGCUCCCUACCUGUCACAUGUGCAUGGAGCCAGGGGCCGUGCAUUUAAAAUACCAAGAGAAGGUCUAUUUUUGUAGGGACUUGCAAAAAGGGUUGGGGGUGGGUGGAUAACCUUGAAACAAUGUCUCCCAAAGCAACCCUCCAUUGACUGAAGAAGCCUCUGUGCUGGAGGAACCCGGCCUUCUUCCUUGGAUGGAGGAGACCAGGAUGUGAGGCUGCCCUUUCUCCAGGCCUUUGUCCCGGGUGCCUCUUGAGGACUGUGGGAUCAGUGAACAGGCUACCCCUAAGGCCCCAGCUGCCAGGGGUGCGACACACCUUCCCCCUCAGAAGAAAAGGGACUCCAGGUGCUGGCUGUGUCCUCUACAGGGUGCGAGGACAAACCCCUGGCAGGACUGGAGGGCGGGUUCCCUCCCUGUGCUGCUGCUUUCAGAUCCGAGCGGAAAUAAAAAGGGAAACGGGAGCUGUGUGUACCUGUGCUCUGGGGCAGCGACCGGAGGCUGGUCUACCUCACCCACCCCUCCUCUGCCAGGCUCAGCUGGGCACUGAGCUUGGAGCGCCAGUCUGUCCUCUGGCUGUCUGGCGCUCCUCCCUGUUCUCUCCCUGCCUUGAGUGCCUGGAGGAAGUCUAAAUCUUGCCCUCCUCUUCCCAGGGUUUGGGGUGCAUCCAGGAAGCUGGCCUUUUUCCACACAAUGGAUCAGAGCAGGAUGCUUCAGGAAGAAAACUAGGGGAUGACUCAAACUUUCCCACCGAGGCAUCUCUGGGGCCUGCCGAAAGCAGCACCUUUUUGUAGUCUCCUAUUUUAUCUUAAAGCUUCAUGCAAAUUUUAAGCUUUAUGUUAUGCUAUAUUUACAUUUGCUUUUAUUUAUUUAUUUAUUUAUUUAUUUAUUUUUGGUUCUGGGGAUUGAACCCAGGGGUGCUUUACCACUGAGCUACAUUCCCCAGUCCUUUUUCUAUUUUAUUUUGAGGCGGGGUCUUGCUCAAUUGCUGAGGCUGGCCUCGAAAUUGUGAUCCUCCUUCCUGCCUCAGCCUCCGGAGUCCCUGGUAUGACAGACAUGUGUCACCGUACCCGGCUAUGUUACCUUUAACAUUAAAGUGAGACUUUAAA